AUGACUUCUACAUCUUCGAAAUCGAAUUCAAUAAUUAAAAACAGAUUAUUUGAUAAAAGGAAUGGUGAUAAACACAAUUUGUCAGACUCUCGUAAUAGUCGUCCCGAUCCGCUUAAACCUCGUCAAAAUCUUUUAAAAGUACCAACUCCUUCACCUACCCCAAAAUCUCCUUGUUUUGUUCAUUCCGAUAUCGAUCCAUCACUUUCAAAACCUUUAUUAGAAAUGAUAAAUCAAUUUGAUAAUGGUGUCACUCAAUAUUCAAAUUUGGCCGAAACCGCCGUUAGUGUCAGAGAAAUAUCAAAAAAACUUGCUCGCAUUCAAAGCGUAAUGCAAGCUAUCAUGAUUGUCACUAAACCCGGUGAUGUUCGUUUAAUAAAUAUCACUCGCGAAUUAGCUAUGUAUUUAAUUACCACUCCUCGCUUUGGAAAAGAUCAUGGCGUGACUGUAUAUGUAGAUAAAAGUUUAAAAGACUUAAAGCGCUUUGAUUUUCCUGGCAUGUUAAAUGAAUCUCCUUUUGUGAAGGACUAUUUAAAAUUCUGGACCAAAGAAUUAUGUGCUGAAAGGCCUGAAAUAUUUAAUUUUGUUCUAACG